AUGAUCGCCUCCAGUUCAACAGCAAAUGAAACCCCAACAGACAGUCCAUAUCCAACUAUUGACAAAGCACCAAGAGCUAUCUUCAAAAUUGGAUCACUUGAUGAGCCAGCACCAAUAAAUCAACAGCCAACUUCAAGACCUCCUCUACAGUCACAACCAUCAUGUGCCAGAUCGGAGGCUGGAGAUCUCGCUGAACCCACCGCUUUAUUCCCUUCAAUGAGAUUAGUGUUAGCAGCUCUUCUCUGUUGUUGUUACAUGGCUCUAGCAAUCAGCACAUCGAAUAUCUCUGUGGGCAUUAUUUGUAUGAGUUCAUGUCCACUUCACCCAGGACUUGGUGGAACACUUGAUUGGAGACCGUCACAAGAAGGCUAUGUGUUAGCUGCUCAAAAUGCUGGCAAUUUGUUGAUGCUUUUGACGGGAAUGUGGGCAGAUCGAUUGAAUGGGAAAUGGAUGGUGAUGGCGAGUUUGGUUCUUUGUGUAUCAGCAAAUGCCAUUCUUCCAAUGGUUUCUCCGGUUUCUCUUUGGCUGACCGUUUUGUGUCGAAUGGCUGUUGGAGCUGCUGAUGCCUGUUUGAUACCCGCUGCUACUUCACUUAUUACUAGGUGGUUUCCUCAGGCAGAACGAUCGGCGGCUAUUGGAAUCAUUUCCGGAGGAAGACAACUUGGCAGCCUUUUCAUUUUGCCGGCUGCUGGCUGGUUGUGCACUCAAAGAAUUGCCGGAGGAUGGCCGGCUAUUUUCUAUCUUUCUGCUUUGGUGUCAUUGAUGGUUGUCUUUUUCUGGUUACCAUUUGGAGCGGAUAAGCCAAGCAAACAAUGUUGCAUUUCGGAAAAGGAAAGACUUUUUGUUGAAAGCAGAAUUGCCUGUGAAUCGAUCGGAAAGCGAACGGAUCGAGGACGACGAGUUCCCUAUCGGGCAAUGUUGAGAAGCUCUCCAUUAUGGGCAGCGGCUUUUGCAAUGGUUUGCCAUGAAUAUCCACUUGUCAUCAUGCUUCAGUUUCUUCCCAAUUAUCUUCGAGAUGUUCUCGAGUUUCAACCCACAGAGAAUGGACUCAUUUCAGCUCUUCCUAUGUUGUGCUUAUUCUUAUCAAAAACAUUAUCUUCGUCUUUGUCAUCAUGGCUGAUCGUUCGAAAGGAAUAUGAUAAGACAAGAGUUUGCAAGGUAUUCAACGGAAUUGCCUCAGCUGGUCUCUCCAUAUGCAUCGGCAUUGUUCCAUUCUUCGAUAAAGAUCACGCGACACUUGCCGUGAUUUGUCUCUGCGGGGCAAUGUUCAGUGCCGGAAUGCACACCCCAGGUGUACAGACAGCACUUGUACAAUUAGCCCCUCCUUUCUCUGGCAUUAUCACUGGAUGGACAUUCUUUGCUGUAGCAUGGUUUGGAAUUGGGAACAAGAUUCUUACAAAAAAGAUUGUCCAACAAGGGUCAGCCACAGAAUGGGCGAUCGUUUUCCACGUGGCUUCUUUGGUGGCUGCUCUGCCCGUGAUUUUCUUCUCUAUUUGGGGCUCAGCUGAUCGACAGAUUUGGGCUUCUCCUUCCUCAAAAUUAUCAGUGGCUUCAAUGUACAUGCCAAAUCGAAUCGCUUCACUCAACACACAAAUGACACGGGAGGGAAGUCAGAGUUCGUGGAGUCUUCCGAAGCGGCCCACUCCACCACCGAUUCGCAAAAUCUCAACUCUUGCCCCUUUCGACUCCAAUACAUCGAUUCAAAAAUCGGAAAGA